AUUUUUUCUUUUUUCUUUUUGCUCUGUAUAUAAAGGCCAAUUUCGCCAGCUUUGCUCCGCCCUCCCAUGUUGUGUGUGUGUGCAGAUAUCUUUCAUUUUUACUCUAUUGAUUUCUCCAAGUUCUUGAGUUUAUCGAGUUUUGGAGGUUUUUCUUUUUGUUACUAAUUUGCGAUAUUGUUUACCUGUAAUGUUUAUGGCUGGACGAGCACUGAAUUGCGGGAAGUGAUUUCAAUGGAAUGCUGUAUCUUUGAUAUGAAGAUUGGGCAGGUCAAUGCAGAUAGUUGAUGUGCUUGCAUUUUACUAAAAUGAAGAAUACACAGUUGCAGGAUUCACAAAAAGCACCGAAGAAACUGCCAUCAAGACAAACUUCUCAUGACUCUCAAAAUGAUCAACAAAAUAAUACAACAGAGACUCCUGUAGCAGAUGCAGGAUCAGUUUCUGCAUCGGGCAAUGCGAACAGGAAGGUUUCACCUGAAGAUAUUGAGCUAGUACAGAACUUGAUCGAGAGGUGUUUGCAGUUGUAUAUGAAUAGAGAUGAAGUAGUUAAAACACUUGUGAAUCGUGCAAAGAUACAUCCUGCAUUUACAACUCUAGUGUGGCGAAAGUUGGAAGAACAAAAUGCUGAUUUUUUUCGAUCCUACUACAUAAGAUUGAAGCUGAAGAAACAAAUCCUGUUGUUCAAUCAGUUGCUCGAGCAACAGUAUGCCCUAACAAAACAUAACCACAUAGUUCCGCUGGCUCCUUUUCAGAAUAGAAUUAAUUGCAUGCCAGUCAACAAUUUACCCAUGGGAUAUCCAGUCCUGCAGCAGCCUCCAAUUCCAGCUGCAGGUCAUCUUCAUCUUGAUUCAAUGACCAUUUCUAGCUUCCAUGUGGUCAAUGGGGUGCCUGCACCGAGCAACUACCAUCCAGUGCAGAUGAAUUCUGGAAAUGAUAUGGUGAUAGAUACCAGUGCAUCAGAUAUGGCAGUAGCUGUUCCACAUAGCAAUGCUUAUUCAUCUAUGGCAGAUAUGGCUAUAAGCCCGACAUCAGUGGCUUCCAGUGGUCAUUUCCCCUUUACUGGAUCAGAGAUACUUGAGAUGGGAGUAGAUACAUCUGCCCUUCACACAGCAUUUCCAUCUGAUGUUGCAAGCUCAGCAGGGUUGCAACUCCCCUCAGAUAAUUGUGCUGGAAAUUCAAUAUCCUUGGGUCAGUUUCCUUGGAAGUUCAAUUUUUCAGACCUAACAGAAGACUUGCCAAACUUGGAAGAUUUAGGAGAUCUCGGAAAUUACCAUGGCGCACAUUUUUUGCAUUCUGGUUCAGAUAUUCUACUUGAUUCACCCGAGCAAGAGGACUUGGUAGUAGACGAGUUCUUUAUUGAUUCCGACUCAGGGCCAAUAUGUCCUCAAACUGAUGAAGAGAAACCAUAGCUUAUGUUGGUGUUCUCCAGAUUCGUUGAAGUCCUGAAUCCCAGGAUAACUGAUGUUCUGUUGCAAAGAGAAAUCAAAGCACCAAUCAACAUUACUUGCGGCGUUUAGAUGUCUCAGACUUGAUUAUCUGAAAAAGAUGUAGUAUCCAAAUUUUCUUAGUAUAAUCAUUCAUGGUUUCUAUUUCUAUGCUUUACCAUAGGUAUUGAUUGAAAUCAACUAGAAAUAGCUGAAUGUGGUAAUGCAGUUUUGCUUUCUGCAACUUCUGACAAUAGAUGAUAUAUUUUGCUCUUUUAAUACAAAUACUUUUGGAAAA